AUGUCUCCCAAAUACAUGCUGCUAAUAAUGCUCCUGGGAGUGGUGCUUCUCACCACUCACACUCUUGCGUAUCACCACAAACCACCACACAAGCGACCUCCAGUAGAGGAGUCCCCCCUUGAAAAAGAUAUCACGACAACCCUCGAUGGGAAAUCACACAAGGUGGGGAAGGAAAAGGAAUACAAACCACCCCCAAAAUACAAGCAGCCACCAACCGGUACCGUUGGUGAGACUGAUCAACAACUUGAGACAGAAGUGGCAUUCCCUGCAGGUCACAAGACGCCGCGUAAGGCUUACCCACCGGUUCACAAGGUACCCCGCCAGCCACCAACAAUCACUUGA